AAGCAAUACAUUUCAAUGUGUUCAGAAGAGGAUUGUCUAAUAGCAAUCAACUUUCUUUUUGGCCAUUACUUUAAGAAGAAGAAAAAAAUGAUAAAGGAUGAUAAAGGAUGAAUACGACUCAGAGAAAUCUAAUCAAGUAUUUUGAAUUAUUAUGUUUGAUAGAAUUAUAUUAGGUGAAUAGUCCAAGAUUAGAUCCAAUUCAAAUAGAUAAGAUAACUAAUAAUUUGAAUACUAAACAAUAUUAAAAGAAUUGUAACAUUAUAUAAUCCUUAAUUUUAUUCUACAGUCUCACUCUCUGUAAAUAUAUCAUUAUUUUGUUGAAAAAGUUAAUUAUGUUAAGCGUGUGUUUAAGAACCUAAAAUAAAACACUAAGCCUAUAGAGAUAGAUUGUGGAGACUGUUGAACAAGAAUGGUUAAACUAUUAUUCUUGAAUUAAUCAAUAAAAAUAGUCAAAUAAAAAAGAGACAAUAUCACAUUGAUAAGUACCAAAUUAUUAUUUCUAUAUUGAUAGUAUUUUAUUAUUAUAGAUAAUGGAUGAUUUCAUUAAAUAAAAGAAAUAAAAAUGUUAAAUAAUAUGCUCAAAAUUAUAUUCAAGAAAAAAAUAAAAAGAAAAAAGUACUUGAUUUCUCUUUAAGUAUGAUGCAACCAGAAAUGUUUACUGCUCCCACUUAUGAAGAUUUAGUAGAAAUAUAUAAAAUAUAUGCAAUCUAAAACAAAAUUGCAAUUAAUGAUUCACAUAAUUGA